AUGUCGUCGAAGAGUAAUCGUUCGUCAAAGUCAUCAUCGUCGUCUUGGUCUUCCUUUAUUCAAUCCAAGAUGGGCCACUCUUCUCAUGGAGCCAUCAUGUUUUGUAUAAACAUGUUGUAUGGAUCCUUUCUAAUCCUCCUAGUACUUAAUGCCAUCAUAUCCUAUAUGUCCAUUCAUCAAUACAAGAAUUCUUUGACAAGUUUUUACAACCAAAAUGAUGGCGGUGAAUCCUUCUCUCUAUCGAGGUUUCGUUACGACGACUUUCAAAAUUAUCUUUCUCAAUUUUCAAACCUAGUCCAAGGUGUCAAUGCUCAAACUUGUUUUUCCAAGUUGUGGAAUGAUACCACUGUUUGUAGUGGUCACGGAUUUUGUACAGGAACCGACACUUGCUAUUGCAAUGAUAUGAAUCCUUACAAUACUUUAAAAUCUGAUGGUACCAAUAUUCUCAGCGGAGGUUCCUCCUUAACUCUCUACAAUAAUGCUUAUUAUUUUCAAAUGCAAUCUUAUGGAAAUUUAGUUCUUUAUGAUAAUACGGUUGGAUCGAAUAUUCCAUUUUGGAUGAGUGGAACUCACAAACAAGGAUCGGCUCCCUAUCAAUUAAGGUUGGAAUCCACAGGUCGCCUUGCAAUUUAUGGUAACAACGUUCUAGUGAAAGAGCUCAAUGCAGGCUGCAGUGGACAAACUGCACCUUUCCGACUGGUGUUGGAAGCGAAUGGUCUUGUCGCUCUCUACAGUGCAGAUGCCAUUCGGUGUUGGGACACGGCAACCGGAGACUCCAACACUCCAUCAAACUAUGCGUGGGUGGAUAGCCAAUGUUCCACUCCAGUGUGUUUUGGAAUUAAUUCCACAGAUUCAAGGGUUUGCAGUGGAAGAGGAAAUUGCACAAGUCCUCAUGUGUGUGCGUGCAUUUCAGGAACUGGUGGCUCCCGAUGUGAAUACAAUGUUUGUAAUGGUAUUUAUCAAUACCAGUAUGGUGUUUGUAGUAAUCAUGGAUCGUGCACGGGACCAGAUACUUGUACGUGCUCAGGAAAUUAUGAAGGAACCUACUGUAAUGAAUGGAGUUGCAAUUCAAUCAAGUCGACGAAUACGACCUAUGUGUGUUCUGGACAUGGUAUUUGUAAUUCACCAAAUGUUUGUGGUUGUUAUGCAGGUUACUCGGGCACUAAUUGUGAAAUUCAUUAUUGUUACAGUGUUUUGAAUUCAAAUCCAGGCGUAUGUAGUGGACAUGGAAAAUGUCUACAUACCGACAUUUGUCAAUGUUAUACUGGUUACUAUGGAUCCAAUUGUGACAGUUGGAAUUGCAAUGGAAUUAGCAAGACAUUGGUUGGAACCGUAUGCUCUGGAGUAGGUACCUGCACUGCCCCUGAUACUUGUUCCUGCAAUGAAGGAAGAUAUGGAUCCAAUUGUGAAGCCUGGAAUUGUAAUGGCAUCAUUUUCAAUAGCACUUCUGUGUGUUCUUCACAUGGUACAUGUACUGGAAUUAAUACAUGUUCUUGUCAGAGUGGAUACAGUGGUAGUAAUUGUGAAAAUUGGCAAUGCAAUGGAAAGAUGUAUAAUGCUCAAGAUGUUUGUUCAGGAGCUGGUGUUUGUUCCUCUCCCAAUAAUUGUACCUGCAACAGCGGAUACAGCGGAACCAAUUGUGAAAUAUUUAGUUGUAAUGGUGUGCUCAAGACUGACCCAACCGUGUGCUCUGGAAAUGGUACUUGCUCUUCAUUCAACAAUUGUACCUGCAGAGCGGGAUAUUAUGGAAAUAAUUGUGAACUCUACGAUUGUUCUGGUAUACUCUAUAAUUCUACUAAUGUUUGCUCUGGAAGAGGUCAAUGCGUGGGCCCUAACCUUUGCUCCUGCAAACCUGGAUAUUACGGUACCAAUUGUGACAUGUACAACUGUAAUGGUAUUGCAUACACGAAUACUUCGUAUGUGUGCAAUGGUCAUGGUACUUGUGAUUCUUACAAUAAUUGUACCUGUCAACAAGAUUAUCACGGAUCGUACUGUUCUGAAUAUUAUUGCUUUGGAAUUGAGAAUAACAGUACUCUUGUUUGUUCAACAAAUGGUACCUGCUCUUCACCUGAUAAUUGCACCUGUCGUCAUGGAUUUUAUGGCUCCAUGUGUGAAAAUUAUAAUUGUUUUGGUUUCGAGUUUUCAGAUCAUCGAGUAUGUAGUGGAGCAGGUCAUUGCAUUGGUCCUGAUCGGUGCUCUUGCAAUUUAGGAAAUUAUGGUCCAAAUUGUCAAUACUAUACCUGUGGUUCAAUCCCAAGCAAUGUAAGCAAUGUGUGUUCUGGACAUGGUACCUGUGACUCUUACAACAAUUGUACCUGUAACGCUGAAUAUUUUGGUACUUAUUGUUCACAAUAUCAAUGUUUUGGUCACGACAAUAAUGAUACCUUAGUUUGUUCUGGAAAAGGUACUUGUUCUUCUCCUGACAACUGUACCUGCCACGAAGGAUAUUAUGGAAUGAAUUGUGAACAUCACAACUGCUCUGGACUCUUGUUUUCAGAUGCGCAUGUGUGUAGCGGAAAUGGUGUUUGUGUUAAGCCCAACAAUUGUUCGUGUGUGAAUGGAUAUUAUGGAACAAACUGUGAGCUCUAUCAGUGCAACGGAACUCUUUACAAUCAAUCGAAUGUUUGUUCAGGACAUGGUUCAUGCUUUGCCUACAACAAUUGUUCUUGUGACGCAGGAUAUUACGGAGAUUUUUGUAAUGAUUUUUAUUGUUAUGGUUAUGAAUUCAACCAUGUUCUUGCUUGCUCUGGAAAUGGUACCUGCUCUUCACCUGAUAAUUGUACUUGUCGUCCAGGGUAUUAUGGAGCAGCUUGUGAAUUAUAUAAUUGUUAUGGAAUUGUCUACACGAAUGCCUCUGUUUGUGUUGGAAAGGGAUCUUGUGUAGCUCCUAAUCAAUGCAAAUGUGGAGACUACUUUGGACCUACCUGUUCGGACUACAUGUGUUAUGGAAUUAUAGCUUCAAACAGUACCCAUGUGUGUAAUGGUCAUGGAGAUUGUAUUGGGCCAAAUAAUUGUACUUGCAAAUCCAACUUUUACGGACCUUCCUGUGAAUUGUACGAUUGUUAUGGAGUUCUCUUCAAUCACUCCAAUGUGUGUUCUGGAAGAGGAGUGUGUCAAAGCCAUAACAAUUGUUCCUGUAACUCCAAUCAAUACUAUGGACUCAAUUGUGAACAGUUCAGUUGCUUUGACAUUAAUAAGGACAAUAGCUCAGUUUGCGGCGGAAAAGGAAGUUGUGUUGGUCCCAAUAGUUGUACUUGCUUGAACGGAUAUUAUGGCGAUCGUUGUCAAUUCUUCGAUUGUCAUGGAAAGCUCUUCUCUAACGUGUCUGUGUGUAGUGGUCAUGGAACAUGCACAUCUCCAAAUAACUGUUCUUGCUUACCAAAUUACAGUGGGGUGAAUUGUCAAGAAUAUCAAUGUUUUGGUGUGAAUGCAACUUCACCUUUGACUUGUAAUGGAAACGGCAAUUGCAUCGAUUUCAAUAAUUGCAGUUGUCAUGCGGGAUGGUUUGGUCCAUCAUGCGCACUUACCUCAUGUUUUGGGGUGUCAUCGACCAAUGCGAGCUCUGUGUGUAGUGGAAAAGGUGCUUGCUUAGGCCCCAAUAAUUGCACAUGUGUCAAUGGAUAUUAUGGUGAUAAUUGUCAAUAUCACGAUUGUCAAGGAACUGUGUUUUCAAACUCUUCUGUAUGCAGUGGAAAGGGAACUUGUUCUGGUCCUAAUCAAUGCUCUUGUUUACAAGGAUAUUUUGGAGCUCGAUGUGAUUAUUAUUACUGCAAUGGAAAACUGUUUAACGAUUCCAUGUCCUGUAAUAUGGGUACUUGUGUUUCUCCAAAUAACUGUGUUUGUAAGCCUGGAUACUAUUCCACUGCUUGUGACAUGUAUAAUUGCAGCAAUAUUCCAUUUAAUUCUUCCAAUGUGUGCAGUGGCCAUGGAAUUUGCCAAGCUCCAAACAAUUGUUCUUGCUUACCAAAUUACAGUGGUGUGAAUUGUCAAGAAUUCCAAUGUUUUGGUGUAAACGCCGCGUCUCCUGUCGCUUGUAAUGGAAACGGCAAUUGCACAGAUUUCAAUAAUUGCAGUUGCAAUGCAGGAUGGUUUGGCCCUUCAUGCUCAAUCACAACCUGUUUUGGUAUACCCUCCAAUAGCAGCUCGGUAUGCAGUGGAAAAGGAGCAUGUACCUCUCCUGAUGUUUGUACAUGUCAGAAUGGAUACUAUGACACGAACUGUCAAAAGACUACUUGUUUCUCAAUUCCUGCUAACAUGACCAAUGUUUGCAGUGGAAAAGGUUCUUGUGUUGCUUUUAAUAACUGUUCAUGUCCUGAGGGAUUCACUGCAGCUACUGAUUGUAGUAUCAACACACUGCCUUUAGCAAUUUAUUUGAAGAAAACACAACAAAAAGUCUAUCAAAACGUCACAUAUUUGGAAAUUGAAAUGUUAUCCAACGACUUUGAAGGCUUAUCAAAUCUGUCCUUCCAUUGGGUGUGUGACAAUUGCACUAGAUUAACCAAUACUUCUAUUUACAUGAAUCAAACGACUAGCAGAGUUCUUAUUGUGAAUCCAAGCAUGUUAUUUGCUCCAGGUUCAUACAUUUUCUAUGGUAAUGUCACGUAUGACAAUGGAGAAAAUUAUCCUCAAAGAGUCUCCAAUAUUGUGAAAUUUAACUUGACAGUUCUUCCAGUUCCAAUCAUUGAUGUCAAUGUACCAUCUCUCGAAAUAUUUGGUUUACCAUCUGCAUACGUCAGAACAAAACUUGAAUCUGGUCAAUCCAUUGAGGCAAUUGUUUCCAAAGUUUCUCUCAAUCAAACCAUUGUUCAAUCAUUUUUACUUUGUAAUGGAAAUUGCUCCUCUCCACUCACCUUCCAAUGGCGUGUGAGUGCCACUGUGAACGGAACUGUCAUUCCAUUUUAUACUUCCUCUGGAGUGACCAUUGGUGCUACGACAGGUUCCAACAACUUACUCUUCUCACCAGCCAUUACCAUGUCCACCUCCGGUUACAUUUCUUGGAGUUCUUCCAUUCUCAUGUCACUUGCUGUUUUCAAUUCACAAGGUAAAAACAUGACUGGCAAUGUUACCAUUCCAAUUAUUGAACCAGCACGACCACCAGUAAUUGUUGUAGUCAAGAAUGACACCACGACGAACACAACGGUCGUACAGGUUGAAAAAAUUGUUUCUGUGGUUCCUACGCAAGGAACAGCUCUCACUGAUCAAUUCACAAUUUCUAUCAAACCAUGGGAUGCCCCCGAAGAGUUACUUCCUUUAAGCUAUGCCAUUGGUUUUUAUGAUCCAAACACUGGUAAGCCAGUGCGAUUGACAGAAUUUUCAACAAAUACUUCUCUCUCCGUUUACUUACCGUUUAUUAAGCCAAAGACGACGACUAGUAAGCGAGCAGCAGCUUCACAAGAAAUUAAAUUAGUCGUGUUUGUGAUGGAUGCUCUUGGAAACGUGAAUUCUCAAGCUGAGCAAACUCUCCCAGUUCAAGUGUCAGCAUUUAAUGGAACAUCAUCACAAUUGCUUGAAAAAGUGAAUAGUUUAAGUGGAGCUGCAUUGACCGUUGCUGCCUACGAUCAAUCGAUUACUGUGGUGAGCACCUCCUCUUCCUCAGGUGGUAACUCAAGCGAGCUUGUUUACCAACUUGUCAAGAAGAUUGACAUUGAUCCCAAGAAUCCAUCUAGUGCUCUUUCUACGUUUGAAUCUUUAACAUCAACUUCUGGAUCUGUUAAUUCGGGAGUGGUCACUGAAAUUACAACCAAAUUGAGUAGUUUUGUUAGUUCUAUUGAAGACCUUUACAAUCAAGAAAUUAAGCUUUACGGUUUCGUUAAAAGCAAACUCUCUGCAAGUGAUAUCACCUCCAGUAUUGCUGUGACAUCUAAUUUGCUAUCCUCUGGUGUGGGAGCAGAUCAAACCGUGAGUGUGACCUCCAAAUUAGCUAACAUGGUGUUGUUGGGCGAAAUUCCCAAAGUAUUGAGUUCUGACCAAAAAGAACUGCCAAAAGUUUCCUACUUUACUCCAUUGAUUAACAUUACAGUUUCUAGCUUUAAAUUAUCUGGACCUGUCAAUGGUAAUCAAACUCUUUCAUCUGGUGGAACAGAAAUUGAUCUUAACAUUUCAAAUAUCAUGUCUCAGUACAAUGGCUUUUCCAAGAAUUCAGGAACUUCUCUAAUUUCUUAUUCCACACUUCCCUAUUCCAAUAAUUAUACUCAAUCGAAUCCAAGUACAUCUAUAGUCAUUGAUUUUAAGUAUUUGCAAGAUGCUACAGUAGUUCCUCUCAAUAAUCUGUCACAACCUAUUAUACUUACAUUUAAGAUUUCACUAGAUUCAAAGAAUAUUACUUCAAACAAUACUUUUUCAUGUAGAUAUUUCGAUGAGCCAAAAUCAACUUGGAGUGAAUCUGGAUGUUCUCUCCACUCAGUCAAUCUAGCUGAUGGAAUUAUUCAAUGUGCAUGUACUCACACAACCAUGUUCUCCACUUUCCUUGAGCAAAAGACUCUAGUUCUUCCUCCAGCAGUGAAAGAACAAGUGGCUUCUCUUUACUUUGCUCAAAUUGCUUUUGGUGUUUUCUAUUUUAUUGCUUCAUCAGUGAUUUUAACAAUGUUGAUUGUGUUUAGAAAGGAACAACCUGUAAGCAGUCGAUUAGUGACACCCUAUUUGGGAAUGGCUGCACUCAUGAUUGAAAGUUUAUUGGUGUACAUUAUUCAAAGAGGUGUUCUUGUAAGUCAGUUGUUGUCAAGUGACAUUCAAAUGUGGGAAGCUGGAGACACUGCCGCCAACGUCAUUGCAAAUAUUGUAGCAAUUGUUGUGAACACUAUGAACCUUACUGCUAUUUUAUCCUAUGUCAUGCAAGUGUUUAGAUUCCAAUUUAUGAAAUAUCUGUAUCAACUGAUUGCCGAAUCUAGAGGAGAUGAAAAGAAGAGUGAACGAAUUCUGAAAGCACUUCGAUAUUGCACCUCCACUGCAUUAUUUGUGACCAUCGUUGUUGUGUUUGCAAUCAUCAAUUUGUGUUAUUGGACCCUGUGGGUGAUUUUGAGAAGAACAAAUGCCAUCUCAGCACCUACUUACACGUACAUUGUCUCCAUUUCAUACACAUUGACUGCAUUUAUUUUCAGUGUGAUUAUUAUUGGUGUCACAGUGUUUGAUUUUAUUGGUUCUCGAAAGGUAGAAAAAGAAAGAAAAACUCGAGCUUCAACCAAGAAACGAGAACCCAAUGUAUUCUAUGCAGAUAACAGCACUUCGAAUGCUAAGAAAGAAUAUACCAAUCCUCUACUAGGAAUGUACAGAUGGUUCGUUUCUCUUGAUGGACCUCUCUAUUUCAGAAUGGAAAUGAUUUUGUACAUUGUCAGUUUUUGUUUCUUGUUCUUGAAUCAAGUCAUUGGCCUUAGUAGUUUAUCCUUCAGAUUUGAAUCUUCAGAAUUAUUCCAGAGAGCUUUAACAGUUGAUGGAGUUUCAUUUAUCUUUGAAGUUCUUUAUGUUCUAUCUUACUUGUUAGUCUUUGGAGGUUAUGCUUUACUUGUUUUACUCAAUUACAAGACCAAGAACAAAUUGAGAAAACGAGACAAGAGAGACAAGAGACAAGAAAAUCAACAAGAAAUUACCGCCACACAAGUCAACGAUGGUGAUGAAGAACUUGUCAACAAAGACAUGAGUAUCGUGUUGGACAGUGAAGAAGGAUAUCACUUAUUUGAAGCUUUCUGUGAAAAGGAAUUUUCUUUGGAAAAUAUUUACCUGUACACGGAUUUGAGAUCCAACAAGAGCAUCACCUACGGUGAAGAUUUAGUUUCCCUUCCUAAAUACCUUUCCUACAUUUACAACACUUAUAUCAUGUCAGGAGCAACUACCGAAGUGAACAUUCCAUCAAAAUGCAGAAAUUCAUUCCUUUAUCUGUAUAAGAAUGUUCUUAACAAACAACAAGAAGCAAGUGAAAACUUCCAACUCGAUAUGGAAAAUUUAGAUAAGGACAUUAAGGUCGCCACAAAGAACACUCCUGUCCCAAUGUUUGACAUUGACACCAAAGCUGUGAGAGAUUGCUUUAAUACUUUGAAUCGACAAAUUUUAGUGAACUUGGGUGAUACCUUCUCUCGAUUCGUAUUCAGUCAAGAAUAUAUUACUUUCAAUAAGGCCUAUGAAUUGCAACAAGUCAUGAUUGAUCAGGCGAAUGUGGUGUACUUGUGUUAA